AUGUCCAAACCAAUUGGCUCUCCGCCCAUAAAAUCUCCCAAAGAUGAUCAGAGAAUGAGCAGUCCCUCACCCAGUCGACGGCCCGUUUCGCAAACAAGAGUUAAUAAGGAACGCCAGCCAUUACUAAGUGCCCGAGAGCGAGAUGUCUACUCAUCAAUAAGGAGUCGAGCCGAGGAGUCACCACCAACUCUGGGUCGGGAUGAGCCAAACCAUGGAUUUUCCUCCGCCAGAUUCACCCAACAAGACGAUGUUCAGUCGGUGGUGUUCCAUUCUUCUGGAGUGGUCGAUUCCAAUGUGGCUGACCAUCUACAUGGCGAGCUACCGCAUCCUCACCAAUUGGACCAUUUGGAGUGGUCUGAGAUUCUUCCAUACUAUCUUCCCAUUGCGUCGUGGAUAUUCAAAUACGACUUGUCUUACUUUGUCGGAGACCUCAUUGGUGGAUUAUCGUUGGUAUUUUUCCAGCUCCCACUCUCACUUUCCUAUGCUUCGUCUUUAGCCCACGUACCAAUUGUGUGCGGAUUGCUCUCGUUGACCAUUGCUCCGCUCAUCUACAUGGUAUUUGGAAGCGUUCCGCAGAUGAUCACUGGCCCAGAAGCCGCCAUCUCGUUGAUAGUGGGACAGGCAGUAGAGCCGUUAAUCCACCACAAGAAAAAACUCGAUCCUAUGGACUUGGUCGUGGUGAUGACUUUUAUUAGUGGUGCUACCCUAUUAGGAUUUGGUCUCGGCAGGUUUGGGUUUCUCGACAAUGUCCUCAAUGGCUCGCUUUUGAAAGGCUUUAUUAGUGGUGUUGGAAUCAUCAUGGCAGUGGGUGCGAGUGUCGACAUGUUGGGCCUUACAGACGCUUUGAAACACGCUAGCGAAACCGGCGACGAAAUACAUACAUGCUUCGACAAGGCCAAGUUUGUCGUUAGCAAUCUUCAUCACACCCAUAUGCUAACGUUCAAAAUAAGUUUGGUGGGGUUAAUAGCGGUGAUUUCGAUGCGAACCUUCAAAAAAAUCAUCUCCAAAACCAAAAGUCAAUACGCUCGCAAAAUCACCUACUUUCCGGAAAUCUUGGUAACGGUCGCUAUAGCCACCUGGUUGAACUCGCAGUUUCAUUGGAAUGAAGGCGGCGUGCAAAUCGUUGGAAGAAUUAAGCGCGACGUCGACGAAAAUGGAGCCAUACUUUAUAACCCAUUAUCGCCACAUCGUUGGCCUCUAUUUAAAGCUGUGGGUACUUCUGGGUUUUUAUGUGCAAUGUUGGGAUUUUUCGAAUCGACAACGGCCCUGAAAUCUUUGGGAUCAACCUAUGAUCUUCCAAUCUCAUCCAAUCGUGAACUUGUGGCCCUUGGAUUCAUCAAUAUUAUCGGCUCGCUCUUUGGUGCACUUCCUGCUUUUGGUGGAUACGGAAGAUCCAAGAUAAACGCCAUGAGUGCGAAAACCACGGUUCUGGGUGCUAUAAUGGGUCUUUUUGCUCUUCUCACCAUGCUAUGUCUUCUUGACUUCCUUUACUACAUUCCAAAGUGUAUCUUGAGUGUUGUCACCGCUACCAUUGGUAUUCUGUUGAUUGAAGAAGCUCCGUACGACAUUUACUUUCAUUGGAGGGCUCGUGGAUACAAUGAAUUGGUGACGUUUUUUGUAACAGUGUUGACCACCGUUUUCGUUUCUAUGGAAGCAGGAAUAGCGGUCGGCUUGAUCUAUCUGUUGAUCCGGGUGAUUAAACAUUCAGCAUCAUCAAGAAUCCAAAUUUUGGGCCGGUUCCCAAACACCAACCAUUUUGUUGCUGCUGAUUUUGUCUCGGACUCGUUGACCACUCUGGAUACAACUGCUGAAAAACAGCCAUCUCAAACCCUCAAUUUCUUCACCGAUGAGUUCUCAAGACACCUCAAUAAAGAUGUGCUCGAGGAAGUCGAGGGGUGCCUUAUCAUACGUAUUCCCGAGCCGUUAACAUUUACCAAUACCAACGAUUUGCAAGCCCGACUCCGGCGCUUGGAGUUAUACGGUUCAACAAGAGUACAUCCAGCUACAAAACGUACGAGAACACAGACCCAGUACGUAAUAUUUGACUUUAAGGGAAUGAGUGGAUUGGACUCGUCUGCUGCACAGAUGCUCACCACGUUGUUGGAAGGAUAUCGCAAGCGAGGAAUCUUUUUCAUUUUUUGUCCGAGUCCAUAA